UCCAAAAUGACACCAGAGGCCAGAAAGCAGAGCAACAGUGCCAAUAGCUUAAGUAGUUGUCAGACAUUUGAAGUAAAAGAAGAAACAGAGGUUAAGGAAGAAAAAGACGAUGUAAGUGAGGCAGGUACAUACACUAUUGAAAAAGAUUCACCAUCUCCAGAAGUUGAACAGGCAAGAAAUGACAUUGACCGAGUCUUUGGUGUGUCAGGGCCAGAGAGUGAAGCUGAUGCCACGCCAGCUACACCUCGAGGAAACAUUGUCUCAGAGGAAUCCUGGACCACUAGCUCCGAUGCUGAGAAAUUCAAGAGUCCAAGCAGCAUCAGCCGCAGCAGUCCCAACUGGAUCCAGCAGUGGGCAGCACAGGUUGCAGAACACACCAAAUCCCCGGACAACUCUGUUAAAAACUCCUUAGGAUCUCCUCGUGGCCACAAACCCCCUCUGGCUUCUCUCUCGUCCUCCCAGGAGAGCAGCGACUCACGGCCCAGACGGAAACUUCCCACGCUGCCUACGCACCACACGCCCUUCUCUGUGACCUCUCCUAGGGCAUCCGAUAUGUCAGAUCACGAGAGUCCCACCAAAGGCCGGCUGCAGCACGACCUUUAUGAAUCUUCAACUCAACCUGCAAGUGACUACAGCCGGGACACUGAGUCUUUCCUACGAGACACUCAGCAACUUGUAACCUCUCUGCAGGCUCGAGUGGAAAGGAAGAAGGGCAGCUCUGCAGCUCUGAGAGGCUCCUCCUUUGAAUCCCAUGACUCAGGAGGCGACUCGGACUUGGACACCAGCACAUCCUACCCCAUCAAUGAUGAUGAUGAUAGACUCAUGAAAACCAUUGACUCUCAGCUCAAGACAAAGCUUAAGCUGGCAGGCAUCGACGGCAUGUCGAAAACUCCUCCGCUGGGCACUAGUCCCAGAAAGGCUGACCCGCUGGGGCUUGAAGCAAGACUGAAGCUCACCAGUCACUUCAAGAGAGAAAGAUCCAUUGUAUCAGACAGCGGGUAUGAUGUUUAUGCUGAUAGACGGGAAGAAAACAGCUUGCAGUCUGAUAGCAGUAGUGAAGCUAGUGAGCCAGUUAAAGAUAGUCGCAAGACCAAUGAUAAUAAUCCACCCCUCAAGUUUAAUAGAGCUUUUAGCUUAAGAAGAGCUCGUCUUGCAUGUGAUGAUUCUUCGCAACAACACCACACACCUUCGCCAGUGGAAAAGAAAAAGCCUGUCAGACCUACUAGUGCAGGCAACCCAGGGGGCAGUCGCAGAAUUCCCCUAAGUACGAGUAAAAGUCUCCAGGGGUCUGAUAAUAAUACUAGAGGUAGUGCAUCUCAGGCCAGCACACCAAAGAACAACUCAGCUGACUUUAACAGAGGAGACGGGGGCAGAUUUAGUUUACGGCUCCCUCGGUCUGGCUCAACAUCUGCUGUAUCAAAAUCACCAUCUCGGUCAUCAGUCAAGAAGGACAUGAUAAGCAACAUCCGCAAAGGUGCUCCCAGAUCCAAUUCCACCCUGUCUGCUAAAGAGCAGGACUUCCAGAACUGGAAACGAAGAAAGAAUUACGAUCCCAUGAAGGCGGCAGCAGAAGGGAGGAAGAAGGUGGGGGAGAAGAAGAAUGAUAAGCAGCCCCAAAGCAAUGCUAUGAGCGCAUCAGAUAGAAGAUCACCAAGCCCACCAACUUCUCUCCUACGGUCAGCCUCUUUCCAUGGCACAGAAGGCAUGGGGGUGGCCGGACGCUGGCCACGCAGGCCAAAUCACCUGUAUAAUAGUGAAGAUGAUGGCCCUUACUCUCUGGAACAGGAGCAACAGCAGAGACCAGUUCCUCAUUGUUCUCCACUGCGAAGGUCACCAACCUCUCCACAUCAACUAUCCUCCCCACACACCACAUCUCCAGCACGCCAAGCCACACUGGCAGCUGCACGUGCUCGGAGAUCUUCGUAUGCUCAUUCAGAUGAGGGUGAGGGACAAGCUGGGUCUCCUACGAGAAAGACUUCACUAGAUGAAUCAGGAAGUGAGGGUAAGCGUUCUCCCAUGGGAAGUACACGAGGAACUGUAUCAGGGCGAUCUAAAGCAAAAAUGGAAGCAUUGGAUAACCUGGUCAUAUCCACUAUUCAUUCCCUCUCUGUUAAAGUCCGCACCACUUCUGAAACUCUACUACAGAAACUGAAGUCACAGUAUGAUGAGGAAGGAGAUCGUGCAGCGUUACUGGAGGAAGUUUUAGCACAUCUAAGUGAGAGUGACCAAACACUGUCAUCAGGGCAGACCAGAUCAACAUCCCGUGAACUGGCUGGUAUUCUGCGCAACCUCAAGAAGAUUGAGCAUGCUCUUGAAGUAAUUGAUCGAGUAAUGGUGUGUGUUGAUGACGACGACCUAGAUGAAGAUGACCUUGAUGUCGCUGCUGGCCAUGAGUGGGGGGAGAGUGACUACUAGAGCCAGAUUGGAAGUCAUCCUUUUGCAGUGCUCAUUAGAGACAUGUUAAAAGAAAAAAGGGAAAAAUUGGCAAUGUUAUGACAAAUGUGAAUGCAGUUAAUGAUAGCAAAUAUGAGAUAAAAGCAAAGAAAAUAUGAUAUUUUGAAUGUUAUCCAUCUUUUUCUUCCAUUUUUUAAAUCGGGAAAUUAAGUGAUAUUGUUGGAAUCCCACAGUUUAUUUUGAAAACUCAUGUAAAAUUAUCAUGGAAAUUGGUAAGAAAUAGCAAUAUAACAGAGAUUAGAAGGUAGCUUAGUGUGAAGUGUAUUUAGGUGCUUCAAUGUAAUGUGAAUUAGAUGAUGAUAUCAUGACAAGCAGAAAUUUUAUUUCUAGCUAAUGAAAAGAAAUGUGCAAUGUACUGAAAAUUAUGAAGAACUGCAAGAAAAGAAGAAUGAUACAUACAAAAUAAAAACUGACAACACCUUCAGCUGACAAGGAAGUGCCUAAUAAUAAUUUCUAUACUGUGAAGAUGAAGUGAGAAAAUAUAUGACUGAAGACUGUACAUUCCAUUAUUGUAUUAUGUAAAAUAAAAAUGAAUUUUAUGACAUAUUCAUAGGUGCCACUUUGCUAACUCUAACCAUUCUAUAAUAUAGAUAUAAAAAUGUAAAGUCUGCAUCAUCUCAUGCUGUAGAAGAAAAUGCAAUUAAUGCAAAAUAAUACUCACACAUAUUAACAACUAUAAUUUUUUUCAGUGAACUGAACUUAACACAGUUCACAAUAAAGAUGAUGCAAUCUGACUGAAGGCUGAUGAGACUAUUUAAUGUGUCUCACCUUUAGGUAUAUUCUGCUAUGCUUGGCAAUGCAGUCACAAAACCAACAGAUGCAGUUCUUUUCUACUGUGCAUUUCUGCUUUUGAUUUUAGUCAAAAUAAUUUAUUUUAAUAGAAAUCAUGCAUUAUACUUGCAAACUCAUAUCUGGUGUAGUAUAUUUUCCUUUUUUUUUUAAGAUUUUUUCUCUGCACACAUUCAAACAAAUUAAACAUUGAUUAUUUUUUUUGUAAAAAGGCAUGUAGAUUUGGAGAAAACCAAAGCUUUUCUCAAGUUAAUGACGUUUUAUUCAGUGUACUAACUGAAGUUUUGCUGAUGAUACAAAAUCAUGAAAUAAGAUAAAAGGAACACUGAUGUUUUCUAAGCAAGCAUGCUGGAAAUCACUGUUUGGUAUACUUUGGGAAUCUACUAUGCAUAGUUCCUUUGUAAAACACCAUCCCAUCCACAGAGUGAGUCUCAAAGGUAAUUCUGGAUGAUGCAAAAAGGUUGCAGUGAAUUUUAAGCUUCUGUACCCUAUGAAUUAAGAUUGUAACCCAUAUCCACUGUUUAAAAGGCAUUUCAUUAUUGUGCAUUUACAUUAAAGAAUUCCCAUCACCAACAGCCAUGGAGAUCACAAACUGCUUAAUGCAACAGCUAGUCCUGAUGUGCCCUUCUUUCUCCUUACCUGCUUCCUGCUUUGAUGGUCUCUAAUUUGUAUUUUUUUACUUUGUAAUUGUACAUUUGUAAGUGUGAGUGUAUAGGUGAGCACACAACGAAGGUAUCUUUACCUAAUGUGUAUGCUACUGUGUGGUUUUGCUCACACCUUGGCAGCCAUUGUGAGCAUUCUGUGGUCGAGUUGCAUUCAUCCUGCAAUAUUUUCCUAUGCUAGAUGUGCAAACAAUUUACAAAAAUGAGAAAUGGCAAGGCAUAGCAGCAUCACAUUUUUAUCUGUUUUUGUAAUACUUCAUCAGAUGUUUGCUAUGUUAAAUUUUUGUGAAUUCUAGAGUAGAGGCUACUGCAGAUUUAAACUACUCUCUGUGAACUUUAUGAAUUGUGUGAUAUGGCAAAAAGGGUGAUGUUCUCUUAUAAGUGAUAUUGUAUAUAACACAGAAUAAAUGUACUUUAUACAUUAAAAAUGUUAGCAAUAUUGAGUAAAGCUUGACUGAAA